GCGUCGCUCCGCACAGACGACGCCUAUGGCUGUAACUCGCCCCUGGACCUCUUCGUCAUCUCCGUCCUCACAACGUCUUAGUGUUGUUGAUGUCCUACUCUCCUCGUCCACCUUCUUCCAAUCGCCCCAGUCCAAUCGGUUUCAUCAUCAUCGCUGCCAUCUCUUCUGCCGGAUUUUACUACGUCGCCAACAAGCGCGAUCAAGAGGCAAAGAGAGCUCCACUUUCCGAAAAGCGUAGACCCUUUGAGAAUCCACUCAUCCCGCCAAGGCAUCGCGACGAGGAACUGCAGCAACAGCAGCAGCAACAACAGUACCAGCAACAGUACCAGAAGCAGUAAACAGCGAGACUUGUCUUUAGCACCAUGCCCGCCGUUGAGAAAAGCCAGGGAGCCGCACCUGAUGCCGCCAAGGAGCUGCAGGAGAGGCAAGGCCCAUUGUUUGACCCCGCCAAGGUCAAGGUCAUUUUCGUGCUGGGUGGACCUGGUAGUGGCAAGGGCACACAGUGUGCCAGGCUAGUAGAGCACUGGGGUUUGGUGCAUCUCAGUGCUGGUGAUCUGCUCCGAGCGGAACAGAACCGCGAAGGCUCUCAAUACGGAGAGCUCAUCGCCAGCUACAUUCGCGAGGGUCAAAUUGUCCCGCAAGAGGUGACGAUUGCCCUGCUGCAGAAUGCCAUUCAAGACAACCUGGGCCCCUCUGGCUCCGGCCGAGUCCUCGUGGAUGGAUUCCCGCGCAAGAUGGAUCAAGCCCAACUCUUCGACUCUAAAGUCUGCCCUUCUCAAUUCACACUGUUUUUGCAGUGCACGGAGGAGGUGAUGCUGCAGCGUCUAAUGAAGAGGGGAGAGACUUCCGGACGGGCAGACGACAAUGUCGAGUCGAUCAAGAAGCGUUUCCAGACUUUUGUGGAGACGUCCAUGCCUGUAGUUGAGUACUAUAGGGAGCAGGACAAAGUGGUAGAGGUAGAUUCCCUGAAGCCGGUGGAAGAGGUGGAGAAGAAGAUUCAAGAGGCUCUGAGGGAGAAGGGUCUGCGGCCUACCAGCGAGUCGUAGUCGGACCGAUGUCGUUUGCUUGUCCCUGUCCGUAGACAGAAGUGAACAGUGUGAAUACGAAAACCAUCAUCAAGCGCAGCGAGUGUGGACCCUCUGAGGGAUUACGCUGAGGGAGCAUGAC